AUGUACAAAUAUAACAACAACAAUAUAUUGAUGCUGAUUUCAGCAUUUGUAGUGGUGCAAUGUAUUAUAAUGGCCAAUGCAUCAAGUAGCCACUCACCAAUAAUCGAGCUUCCUAUUCGCCUGUCACAACAGUUGUCACCACUGGAAUGCUUCAAACGCACGACCACCACCAUUAGAGUACUCAACCACUCACUAUAUACUUCACUUCAGCUGCUGAGUGCCAAUGGAGAGCAGCACUACACCAUCGGUGACGAUGGAGUGUUUGGCGACAUCCCCAUUGCAAGCCACUACACCCUCCUCUACACUGACAACCAAGACCAGACACAACACUCCAUGCUGGUCACCCUGUACAAAGAAAGCCGUACACAUCAACAGAUUAUAAAGUCACUGGUGCGUGUUGCUCAGUCCACAAUUCUGCAGCAGCCAUCAUCCGAGUUCUCUAAUGACGGUCGUGUCCAGCUCGAGUUGGACGGCCCUCUUGGCGCACAGUCUGUGCUCGCACACUUUGCCUUCAACCAACUGGUCUCUGUCUCUUACCAGGGUGCUGGCUGUGGACUCGUCGACAUUGAAUGGACAGCACCAAAGUCCAGCGCAACCAACAAAUACCAAACAAAGAAGCUGCUGUCCAUUGAGGCCGCAUCGUUGGACGCCCAACUUAGCUCGACCGCCUGUGAGACACUCCAAGUGAACUUUGAGGCAUCGACUUCAUACGUCAUCUCACUCAGUCAGGUGGACGACACCACCAACUACUCCAACAUCAUCACCAAGAAUGUUGCCAUCGGACAUGUCGCUGCCAAGUUCACCAACCUCUACGGCAGAUUCAACGUGACGAUCCGCGAGCAAGCCACCUCUGCCAUGGCGUACACUGGCAUGACCACAGUGGCCCAGUGCGAGCACAACCAACAGAAGCCACCCACCACCACACAGAUCAUCAUCAUCAUCUGUCUGGUCGGAGGUCUAGUGUUUGGCAGUUUGAUUGGUCUGGCCAUCUUCAACAAGUAUUUCUACCACGAGAAGCCAUCUACCUACCAGCGCAACACUCCACCCGCCUCGCAGAACUCCAACAAGAACUCGGCCUUUAAUUCAAAUAUUUAU